CACAAAGUACUGUUACUACACCACAAAGUACUGUAACUACAACUGAAAGUACUGUUACUACACCACAAAGUACUGUUACUACACCACAAAGUACUGUUACUACAACUGAGAGUACUGUUAUUACACCACAAAGUACUGUAACUACAACACAAAGUACUGUUACUACACCACAAAGUACUGUUACUAUGCCACAAAGUACUGUUACUACACCACAAAGUACUGUUACUAUGCCACAAAGUACUGUUACUACACCACAAAGUACUGUAACUACAACUGAAAGUACUGUUACUACACCACAAAGUACUGUUACUACACCACAAAGUACUGUUACUACAACUGAGAGUACUGUUAUUACACCACAAAGUACUGUAACUACAACACAAAGUACUGUUACUACACCACAAAGUACUGUUACUACAACUGGAAGUACUGUUACUACACCACAAAGUACUGCUACUACAACACAACGUACUGUUACUACUACACCACAAAUUACUGUUACUAAACCACAAAGUACUGUUACUACAACUGAAAGUACUGUUACUACACCACAAAGUACAGUUACUACACUAAAAAGAACUGUUACUAAAAAUACUGUAACCACACCUCCAAGCCAUGUUAAUACAUCACAGAGAAUUUCUUUGACAUCAGAUAGAAAUCACUUCUUUCAAAUUGUCUUUAAUCCGAUAACUAGAAUAAAUGAACAUGCAGUUGCUAAGCAACGUCAGGAACCUGUUUUUACUGAUUCUGACAAAAGGCCAUUGUCCAUUGCUGUGGGGACCCUGGGUUCAAUCGUGCUUAUUGUGAUAUUUGGCGGAAUCGUUAUAUCUGACCUGGGAACCUUGAAGAGGCAAAUAUAUCAAUUUUCACCUUGUCUGAAACACUGAUAAUGAUAAUUUUCACCUUGUUUGAAACACUGUUAAUGAUAAUUUGUACCUCGUUUAAAACACUGAUAAUGAUAAUUUUCACCUUGUUUGAAACACUGAUAAUGAUAAUUUUCACCUUGUUUGAAACACUGAUAAUGAUAAUUUUCACCUUGUU